GGCUCCCAGGCUCCAUAAAACCCCCUGUCCCAGCACACUGCACCCAUCCUGUCGGCAUGGAGAGCCAGCGCCUGUCCUCCUACAGCCGCCGCUUCGGCACCACCGCCCCGCUGUACCGGGUGCUCCCCGCCAGCCCCCCAGUGCGGCUCCGGGCCCCCCGCAGCACCCAUCUGGGUCCCCGCAUGGGCGCCCGCCUGGUCUCGGGCAGGAUGGACUUCUCGUUGGCCGCGGCGCUCAACUCGGAGUUCAGGGAGACGCGCACCAACGAGAAGGUGGAGAUGAUGGAGCUCAACGACCGCUUCGCCAGCUACAUUGAGAAGGUCCGGCUGCUGGAGCAGCAGAACAAGGUGCUGGUGGUGGAGCUGAACCAGGCACGGGACCAGGAGCCCUCGCAUCUGGCCGAUAUCUACCAGGAGGAGCUGCGUGACCUGCGGCGCCACGUUGAGCAGUUGGCCACCGCCAAGGCCCGUCUGGAGAUCGAGAGGGACAACCUCAGCGAGGACCUUGGCAGCCUCCAGCAGAAGCUGCAGGACGAGGUGACCCUGAGGCUGGAGGCCGAGAGCAACCUGGCUGCCUACAGGCAGGACGUGGACGCCGCUGCCUUGGCUCGCCUGGACCUGGAGCGGCGGGUGGGGACGCUGCAGGACGAGAUCUCCUUCCUGCGCAAGGUGCACGAGGAGGAGCUGCGGGAGCUGCAGGAGCAGUUGGCCCGGCAGCGGGUGCACGUCGAGGUGGACACGAGCAAGCCCGACCUGACGGCUGCCCUGCGCGACAUCCGCAGCCAGUACGAGGCCAUGGCCACCAGCAACGUCCAGGAGACCGAGGAGUGGUACAAGUCCAAGUUCGCAGACCUGACGGACGCGGCCGCCCGGCAUGCUGAGGCCCUGCGCGGGGCCAAGCAGGAGGCCAACGAGUACCGGCGCCAGCUCCAGGCCCUCACCUGCGACCUGGAGGCUCUGCGGGGCUCGAACGAGUCCCUGGAGCGGCAGCUGCGGGAGCUGGAGGAGCGCUAUGCCCUGGAGACGGCCGCGUACCAGGACACGGUGGCGCGGCUGGAGGAGGACGCCUGCAGCCUCAAGGAGGAGAUGGCGCGGCACCUGCAGGAGUACCAGGAUCUGCUCAGCGUCAAGCUGGCCCUCGACAUCGAGAUCGCCACGUACCGCAAGCUGCUGGAGGGCGAGGAGAGCAGGAUCACCAUCCCUGUGCAGAGCUUCUCCAACCUGCAAAUCCGAGAGACCAGCCUGGACACUAAAUCCGUGUCAGAAGCCCAUGUGCAGAGGAGCAUCGUGGUCAAAACUGUGGAGACCAGAGAUGGAGAGGUGCUGAAGGAGGCCAAGCAGGAGCACAAGGAGGUGGUGUAGGGCAGGCGCCCGCAGCAGCCGUGUGCUUGUAGCCGUAGCUCCGUAGGUCCCAUCCGAUGCUGCAAGGGAGCCGGUGGCCGGUGCGAGUCCCGGGAGGAGCUGGUGGUGCUUCGGUGGGGACAUCUCCCUCCCAUCCACCCCUUGCCUCUCCCACGUAGUCCCCUGCCCCAGGGACAUCACUGACACCCUCCUUGGAGCUGGUUCCCAGCAGAGCACCCGUCUGGCCGGGCACUGAGUGGGGUGGGGAUGGACAACACCUGAGGGAGGUGAACAGAACCAGGCAGAGCUGAGAUUCCCAACUGGGAUGCUACAAUAUUCCCAUAGCACGGAGGGGUGGGUGGUUUUGGGGCCUGCAUCCCACCUUGGUGCUCUCUGCAUGGUCUGGGAUGUCACCCCAAAUCUCCCCAGUACAUCCAGACCCUGAGCACCCUUGGUGCUGGGGGGCUGCAGGGUGCAAGGUACUGGCUGGUCAGGGAUGUUUCCCCAUCACCAAGCAUGGGGUGAGCUUAGCCAAGAGGCAUGGGCAGGAGGAAGAGGAGGAUGGAGAGGCAGGGCGCUGUCGGGAUGAUGCUAAAGGGGGGUGAAAUGAGGAUAAUGAGGGAUUCCUAGGGAUAAGGAUGGGUUCUUGGGGAUGCUGGGGUGGCCGGGGUGCUUUGUGGGGCUGAAGCAGCGGUGGGCACAGCAGGCUGGGUAGCCACAAGGGCUUCUCCUGGCACAGCGCUAUGGGGCUGUCCUGACCUGCAUUGGGUGUCCACCACCACCGUGUCCCCAUGGUCAUGGUGAGGAAAAACACUCCCAAGGGACUCAUGGCAAGGGGUGACCCGUGGCCCUGGUGGGGUCCCAGGCAGUUAAAAAUGGAGAGGAGGGGAGUGCAGAGAAGGAGGGUGUCAGGGCACCCAUGGGUGUUCUCACAGUUGGAGGUGCCUUCUGCAAUCCAGAAGGACAAAUGGAGCCAUCCCUGUCCUGCCUGUCCCGCUGGGAGCCAGGGGCACUGGGGUUCGGGCUGUCCCAGUCAAUCCUUGCUGUGCACGGAGCCCGAGCCCUCCUCCAGCGUGGGCAUCCAUGGUGGGGUUGGGAGCAAUCCCUUGUCCUUGUCCCCAUGUCUGUACUCCUGUUCUCCCCUUGGACCAGCACGUGCCACGCGGGGCCAUCGCCCAGCCUGGUGCUCGCCUGCAGCCCCUCUACCCACCUGCAGCUUAGCUGCUGACCACGAGCAAAGCCUGCCCUGAUGCCACCUAACAUAGGAGCAAUGACCCAGCAGCACUUCUCAUACCCUGCAAGCCCUUCGGGAUGAGCACAUGGGAUGCCACUCGGAUGCCAUCCCCCUCAUCCCUUCUGUCCCCCUCGUCCCCUGGCUCAGGUGCUGAGCACACUUUGCCACUACCGACUCCAGAAAGGCCAUUCCCAGGGGCAGAUGUUACAGGAGAUGGGUGCUGCCCGGGUUUGGCAUCCGUGGUGGGAUGGUGGUGGCCCAGGGGGCUCAGUCCCCUGCGAGCAGCCUCUGGCUGGAGCUUUGCAGCCCACGUUGCUGCUGAAUUAAUGCACUAACGCCCACAGCAGCUUGAGAUGAGAAAUAAAGCUAAAACAAGUGCUCUGCUUCCA